AGGUGUUGCAAGAAGAGGUCUGUCUUAGACACCUCCCCAGGGAACAUCGGCCCACAGCCUUCAAGCUCAGGAUUAAACAGACAGAGGAGGGGAAGGAACCAUGUUCCAGGCCACAGGACCCGCCAGCCCACCCCCAACUCAUGAGGCAAAGAACAACUCAGGAGGCAGCACGGUGCAGCGCUCCAAGUCCUUCAGCCUGAAGGCUCAAGUGAAGGAGAUGUGCACUGCCUGCCAGAAAACCGUCUAUCCCAUGGAGCGACUGGUGGCGGAUAAAUUCGUCUUCCACAACGCCUGCUUCUGCUGCAAGCACUGCCACACCAAGCUCAGCCUGGGCAGCUACGCGGCGCUCCACGGGGAGUUCUACUGCAAGCCCCACUUCCAGCAGCUCUUCAAGAGUAAAGGCAACUACGACGAGGGCUUUGGGCGCAAGCAGCACAAGGAGCUGUGGGUGCACAAGGAGGUGGAGAGCGGGACCAAGUCGGCGUGAACAGGGUCAGCCCACCCUUCCCUGGAGCCCAGCAGAGACGGCACGGAGCAGUGCUGAGCCGGGGGCUAACUGAGCUGAUGUAAAGCAAAGGGGACCCAAGAGCCUGUGGGUGGGAAGGGAAGGGAGGCAGCCCAGCCCUUUGGAGGAUGCUUAGAGGGGUCCUACAGGCCCCAAGGACAGGGCAGAGGUGACUGGGGUAGAGCCCCCAGA